CUAUUCCAGCUAAGGAGCAGUCAGGGCAUUCGUAUUGCGGUUCUGUAGAAUCUUAUUUCUGCGUGUCAGUUUAUUUUGAAGGUCUGCAGGACGUUCCGUCUCUGACAGCAGUAGCGUGUGGGGAAGAUAAUCACAGACGCACACGGGUUACUUCCUGUUGUAUUAGUCCGUCAAUAACAUGACCAGCAUGCCAAGAAUAAACAUGAAGUGAUAUGAAAGGAUAAUUGUUCUAGGGAUGAAUGUUUACAGAGGACUUGAUGAGAAACCGGAUAUAAACACCCUCUCCUGAAGUGGCGAACUUGAAAGGUCGCGCAGCUUUGGGGGACAGUGCGAGUAUCGAAAGCACAGCGAGGACACGAAGCUUCCCUCGCGUGCGUGCUAACGCUCAGCUAACGUCACUCGGGAUGUGGAGGACAGGACGUGUCCUCAGGCUGAGGCUGACAGCCACAGGAGAAGCCUCCUUGUGUUCCAGCAAGCCAGCGAACCCUUCUUUGUCUCCUUCACCUCAGUCCAACUCGUCUCCGCGGUCCCAGGCAGACAAGCAGAGGCGGAGACGACAGCGCGAGGACGCCAUUCUGUCCAAUGCACACUCGACUGCUGAAGAGGAAGCGGUGGGAUGGAGCGAGAAGCAGACCAUGGUGUACGCUGCUCAAACGCCUCCCGGGACAAAGAAAGACGCCCGGUCUCCGUUCCCGUCUUCGUACUGCCCACAGUACGUGGAGUCCAGCUGGUAUCAGUGGUGGGAGAAAGAAGGAUUCUUUCGUCCAGAACAACAUGAGGAGCUGUCUCACCGCGUGGAUCAGACCUUCGCCCUGUGCUUGCCUCCACCAAACGUGACCGGCACUCUGCACCUGGGCCACGCUCUCACUGUGGCCGUGGAGGACGCUCUGGUUCGAUGGAGGAGGAUGCAGGGCUACAGGGUCCUGUGGGUCCCUGGAUGUGACCAUGCAGGUAUUGCCACACAGACGGUGGUGGAGAGGAGACUGCUGAGGGACCGAGGGAAGCGCAGACAGGACUUCACCAGGAAACAGUUUCUACGCGAGGUGUGGAAAUGGAAGGAAGAGACCGGAGAGGAGAUCUACCACCAGCUGAGGAGGCUCGGAGCGUCUCUGGACUGGAGCAGAGCCUGUUUCACCAUGGAUCCAGCGUUCAGCAGGGCCGUGACUGAGGCCUUCGUCAGGCUCAGCGACUCGGGUCUCAUCUACCGCUCGGAGGCGCUGGUCAACUGGAGCUGUGCUCUGGGAUCGGCCAUCUCUGACAUAGAGGUUGACUCAAAGGAGCUGUCGGGACGGACCAUGCUGUCUGUUCCUGGUUAUGACGAAGAGGUGGAGUUUGGAAGCCUGCUGACCUUCGCCUACCCUUUAGAAGGCCACGAUGGAGAGGUGGCGGUGUCCACCACCCGUCCUGAGACCAUGCUGGGAGAUGUGGCCAUAGCCGUUCACCCUGACGAUCCUCGGUAUCAGUGUGUGCACGGGAAGCAGUGCAGACACCCUUUCACCAACCGAGCCCUGCCCAUCAUCACUGAUGCCAUGGUGGACAUGGAGCUGGGAACCGGCGCCGUGAAGGUGACCCCUGCUCAUGACCAUACGGACUUCCUGCUGUCACAGAGACAUUCUUUGCCACGCGUCACUGUGAUUGGAGGAGAUGGGACCAUGACUCCGCCCUGUGGAAAAUGGCUUGAGGGAGUGAAGCGGUUCGAUGCCAGACAGCUGAUUGUGGAUGCCCUGGUUGAGAAGGGGCUGUUCAGAGGGAAGAAGACUCACCCCAUGACCUUACCUGUCUGCAGCCGCUCAGGGGACAUCAUCGAACCUCUUCUAAAGAAGCAAUGGUUCGUACGCUGUGACGAAAUGGCUGAAAAAGCGAUCCAGGCUGUGGAGGACAAGCAGCUGGAAAUCAUCCCUCACUACCACACUAAGACAUGGAAUAACUGGCUGUCCAACAUCAGUGAUUGGUGCAUUUCCAGGCAGCUUUGGUGGGGUCAUCAGAUCCCUGCUUACCAAGUGGUCUUCCCUAAUGCCACCGACAAACAAGAGGAGCUGUGGGUUUGGGGACAGACUGAGGACGACGCCCGGCACCGAGCUGCCGUUAAAUAUGGAGUGAAGCCAGAAGACGUCACUUUGACUCAGGACCCUGAUGUCCUGGAUACGUGGUUCUCCUCAGGGCUCUUUCCCUUUGCAAUGCUUGGCUGGCCUGAGCAGACCAAUGACCUUCAGCGCUUCUACCCGAGCUCCAUUCUGGAGACGGGCAGUGACCUCCUCUUCUUCUGGGUGGCGAGGAUGGUGAUGCUGGGCACAGAGCUGACGGGGCAGCUGCCCUUUAAACAGGUUCUCCUCCACUCUAUGGUGAGAGACAAACACGGCAGGAAGAUGAGCAAAUCUCUGGGAAAUGUCAUUGACCCAUUAGAUGUUAUACACGGAGUUUCUCUCGAGAGGCUUCAACAGAAAGUGAAGGAGGGGAACCUGGACCCCAGGGAGAGGCUGGUUGCCAUGGGAGCGCAGAGCAAAGACUUCCCCAAAGGGAUCCCUCAGUGUGGGACCGACGCCCUGAGGUUCGCCCUCUGCUCCCACAAGAUGCAGGGAGAAGACAUCAGUCUGUCCAUCUCUGAGGUCCUGAGCUGCAGACACUUCUGUAAUAAAAUGUGGCAGACGCUGAGGUUCACACUGGGAGUGCUGGGUGACAACACAACACCAGUGGGAACUCUGGAGGAGACGAGUGCUGUGAGCAGCUUGGACCGUUGGAUCUGCUCCAGACUCUACAGCACCGUAGUGGAGUGUGAACGGGCCCUGGAGGCCUACGAGCUGCACGCUGUCACUUCUGCACUCUACUCCUUCUGGGUCCACAGCCUGUGUGACGUCUACGUGGAGCAUAUGAAGCCGGCGCUGGUCCUCCCUGACACACAGGUGGCCCCCAGCAUCCUGUAUCACUGUGUGUCCACGUCCCUGGCCCUGCUCUCCCCCUUCAUGCCCUUCAUCACCGAGGAGCUGUGGCAGAGACUUCCCCGAGCUGCUGCCCACAGCGCUCUGUGUUUACAGCCGUACCCCCGCUCCGCUCAGCUGGCACACUGGCAUUUCCCUGUAGAGGAAAAGGAUUUCCUCCUGGUGCAGGAAGUGAUCCGAGUGGCCCGGUCACUACGAGCCCAGUGUGCCAUGACCAAAGAAAAACCAGCCAUGUGGGCCGUGUGCUCAGCCAGCCAGGCCCAGGUCCUCCAUCGCUUUGGGUCAGCUGUUUGGACUUUAAGCCGGAUCUCCAACCUUCAUAUCUACUCUCCUGGAGCGGAGCCGCUCCCCCGGGUCCACUCCACCCCUCCACCUGUAGGGAGCCUCGUCGGCGUUGUGGACCACACAUGUCAACUACACCUUUACAUUCAGUGUUGAAGCGUGCCCACCUGUCCACGUCCUCGGCUUCGCCCUCUGCACUACACUUCCUCAAACAAAGCCCAGGCAGGUACUUUCUCAUGUACCAACAAGCUGCAUUUCCUCACAACCCUGUUGUACAAUGACAGUAAAUGUACCUGUAACUUUGUAGCCUUGAAUUAAGUUUCCUCCUGCCAACAUAAAUGGAAAACCUGGCUUCUGAUGCCAGAUAGAUGAUGGAAUACUACAAAGUGUAUACAUUCAUAUCCAUAAGGACAACAAUGUAUGAAACAUUAUUCAAUGCCUUUUCUCGAGUGAUUAGUUCCAUUGGCAUAGUGUGGAGAAGUUGACUUGGUGUCUGACUCUCUCAGGGUGGAAUGAACAUUGAUAAGCGGAUGCUGCAGCUCAGCCAGCGCAGAGAGAAGCUCCUUCCAAAGCUGGAGAAACUCCUCUGCAGAGUCCGGUCUCCAGACUACCUGUCCAAGGCUCCUGCUC